AUGCGACACAUCAAGCAACUGGGCGCUUGCGCACAGGUCUUUCCAGGCGCUACGCACAAUCGUUUCUUCCACAGCAUCGGAACGGCCUACCUCGCGUUCCAGUUCGUCCGAAACAUACGCCAGCAGCAACCAGAGUUGCGUGUCACAGACCGUGACGAGAUUUGCGUCACUUUAGCUGGACUCUGCCAUGACCUGGGCCAUCCUUGCUUCUCCCACAUGUUUGAACACUUCAUGCACCUGCUGGGGAGCGAGAAGCGAAAGGAGGCCAGCACAAAGUAUGGCGUACUGAUCCCAGACGCAGUGGAGAAACGGAUCAGGGAGUUCGAGACAUGGGAUCACGAGAAGGCUUCGUUGGUGAUCGUCAAGAAGCUCAUGAAAGACUUGAAAGAUCAGUUCCAAAAAGAAGCCGGUCUUUGUGUUGAUGACGAGGGAAAUGACUUUGAGCUGAUUGAGGAGCUCAUCAAUCCUCCAAAGAAGGAGCUCCAGGAAUUCCUCAAAGAAGGGACGUUGAAAAAGAAGUGGUCAACCAUCAUGAAGGGCCGAUCAGUUGAGAAGGCUUGGCUCUAUGAGAUUGUGAGCAACUGGAGGACGGGGAUUGAUGUGGACAAGUUCGACUACUUCCGGAGGGACGCGCUCUUCUUGGGCAUUCAGCGGCAGUGGGACCACAAUUGA